UAUUCUCUAUGUUAUUAUAGGAUGUCUUGCCGUCAAAAACAGAAGGUUGGAGCAUGUAUUCAUGGAGAUUCACCAACUGGGCAUCUCUUCUGUUACUGGGUCUUGCUUUGUCCUUCUUCUUCUUCAGAAACCCACCUCGUCCUCCUCAAAAUACGGCUGAAGGAACCCCCAAAUCCAUUUAUGAUUUCACAGUCAAGGAUAUACGUGGCAAUAGUGUACCUCUAAGGAGUUACAAGUGGAAGGUUUUAUUGGUAGUGAAUGUUGCUUCAAAAUGUGGGUUAACACAAUCAAACUACAAAGAAUUGAACAUGUUGUACGAAAAGUACAGAGACCAAGGUUUUGAGAUUUUAGCAUUUCCUUGUAACCAGUUUGGUUGGCAAGAACCAGGAACUAACAAGGAGAUCCAGGAAACUGCGUGCACUAUGUUCAAAGCUGAGUUCCCGAUAUUUGAAAAGAUUGAGGUGAAUGGAGAGAAUGCAGCACCAAUAUUCAAGUUCUUAAAAUCAGAGAAAGGAGGCUUAUUUGGAGAUGACAUCAAGUGGAACUUUACUAAGUUUCUGGUAAACAAAGAAGGAAAAGUUGUCGAGAGAUACGCUCCAACUACAUCACCCCUUGAAAUUGAGAAAGAGAUAGAGAAUCUGUUGGGAUCUGUUUGAGCACCAACUCUGUUCACCUCCUUUAUAGAAUUAAACUUCUGUUUGACCUAGCAACAAUUUUGCUUGUAUCUAAACGGAUUAUGAUAGGUUCGUGUUUUUUAAUUCUUGCAUGAGUUGAGAUCUUUGUUAAUAAAAGAGUCUUUUCAUA